AGAGGCCGAUAGUAUUCGAUCCGCCGGCCGUUUAGCUUGUCAGUGACCACCAUCAGUAGCUCAUGUCCACAGAAGACGAUGCACGACGUCUAAGGGAGCCAAGCUCGUCCACAUCAACGUCGAGCUCGUCGUAUGUCUAUCCGGUGCGUUCGCUGCUGACCGGGAUUCGGCCUGGCGUGGGCCAGAGAGCGGAAGAGUCCGCGAGGCCGAGAGGAGACCAGCAUGGGAAGAGUCUCGCCGCGCUGUCUAUCCACGAGGCGCCCGCUCUGCAGCGCUCGACGAGCAGCGGGGGCGUUCUUUCCACACCGCCAGCAUCUACGUCCGCAUCCGAGAGCAUGAGCAGCGCAGGAGACUCUCCAGAGAGUGAGGGCCAUCACCAUCACCACCAUCACCGGCGCAAGCCUCGCACGCCAAAUUUCCGCGAUUUCUCCCUCGAAGAGGACCCCCACUCGCGCAGGACAUUCUCUACCGUACACGGCAGCUAUUUUCCCCGCUCGCCCUCAGGCACGACGUCGCCCACGCAUAGCAUGCUCUACAUUCCAGGCCCCAGCGGUGAGCCCGUAGAGAUCUCCAACGGCCAAGGUAAGUUCUCUGAAGAUGCCGACGACCACGACAUCCGCCACGGACACCGUCCGCAUAUAUCCGAAGUCGCAGCGGAGGCAUUCGCCUCGACGGCAGAGGUACUCCUGACCGCUCCUGGUUUGGACGAUGCCGUACACGCACCCUUCUCGCACACUGGUAUCGUCCACCUACCACCGGUCGGCUCGCAUUCUGCGCCCUCGGCGCCGGAUUCAUCAUGCGGUCGCUCAGGUCGUAGCUUGGGCAACAGGGAUGGAGCUGGGAGUGGAAGAGCGUCCUCGUCGUCACAGCUCGGGCCAGGGUCGCAGAGCGAUUUGGACGUGGCGCAGCUGCCGUCGACACGGGGGUCUCGACCACAGUCGCCUAUGGUUACAACAGACGUCACCGGCUCGGAAAGCAGCGUAUCGAGCUGGUCUGGUUCAGAUGCUCCUCAUAUUGCGUUUCGUUACACACACAUGGAGGAUGAGCACGGGCACCAUCUGAUCCUGGGGAGGGAGGGAAAGCUGACCAAAUGCGAGGAUGAGCCUAUCCGCACUCCCGGGGCGGUACAAGGGUUUGGCGUUCUGAUUGCGGUGGAGGAGGAUGAGGAGACAGGCAAUCUCUCAGUUCGACAAGUCUCAGAGAAUUCUACUGAGCUGCUCGGUCUUUCGCCACAAUUUCUCUUCUCACUGGAAUGCUUCACCGACACGUUGCCUGAUCAGCAGAGCGACGUGCUGUUUGAUAAUAUACAGUAUCUCAGCGAUACUUCAUUAUCUCCAGAGGAGCAGGCAGAGAACUUGCAUGUGUUCAUGCUCAACGGCUGGGGCGAGCCCGGUACUGCGCUGGAGGAUGGCAUGUCGACCGACCCACAGCAGCGGCGAAGCUGGUCUUGCUGGUGUGCUGCGCAUCGGCCGCAAAUGAAUGCGCCUGCAAAUUUCGAUGCGAAUGGCGAGAGUAGUGUGGCCCAUCAUAACCUCAUCGUUCUGGAAUUCGAGCUCGAGAGGGAUGCUCUCAACCCACUAUACCCGCCAGCCACUGGAGGGGAGGGCACUUUUCAGUCCGGCAUCUCCUCUCCAUCAGAUGGGUCUAACGCGGGUACUCACAGCUCUGGGCGAACGUUAGUUUCGACGUCAAGCUCGGAAGACCGGAUCAUCACUCCGGACGAUCUAAUUCCUAGUCGUAUCCCCAGCAGCGAUCCUUCUGUGUCAUCAAGCUAUCCAGGAGUCUCGCCGACGCCAUCACAGGAGACCUCUGCGUACGGCUUCUCUGGCGCAGCGGCCUGGAUGCCAAGUCCGGAAGAUAUCUUUGAAAGUACUACCAGUCGCGCGAAGCCUCUACUGGCCCUCGAACGCCUCAGACGCACACGUCGGAAUAUCUCAAGUAGCGAUUCGCCGAUCUCUGAGGGGCAGGGCAGUUUCCGUCGAGGGGCAUCGCGCAGACGUCGCGGGACGGGUGCGGUAGGCAUGAUGGACAUCUUCGCGGUGAUGGCGCAGAUAAACGAACAGCUUGGAUCGGCGCCUGACCUUGAUACGUUCCUUAAAGUUGUCGCAGGCGUGAUCAAGGAUCUGACGCAGUUCCACCGCGUGCUUGUGUAUCAAUUCGAUGAGCUGUGGAAUGGGCGGGUUGUGGCGGAGCUAUUAGACUGGAGUCAGACGCACGAGCUCUAUCGAGGUUUGCAUUUCCCCGCCUCUGACAUUCCAGCACAGGCACGCCAUUUGUAUGCUUUGAAUAAAGUGCGUCUCCUAUACGACCGGAGCCAGCCUACGGCUCGCUUGGUGGUCAGAAGCAAGAAGGACCUCGAAACACCACUCGAUAUGACCCACUGUUACUUGCGCGCAAUGAGCCCCAUUCACUUGAAAUACCUAGAAAACAUGGGCGUCCGUGCAUCCAUGUCCAUGUCGAUCACUGCCUUCGGUCAACUCUGGGGACUUGUCGCAUGUCACUCAUAUGGAUCGCACGGCAUGCGAGUAUCCUUCCCUGUCCGCCAGAUGCUCCGACUGCUGAGCCAGUCUAUAUCGCGCAACGUCGAGCGACUCAGUUAUGCGCAACGUCUCCAUACGCGAAAACUGAUCAAUACUGUGCCAUCGGACCAACACCCAACCGGGUACAUUGUCUCCGAUGCAGAUGAUCUGCUCGGCCUGUUCGAUGCUGACUACGGCGUGUUGGUCAUUGGCGAGGGCGCCAAGAUUCUGGGACCCAAGCAACACGGCCAAGAGAUCUUGAUCGUGGCAGAAUACUUGCGCCUCAAGCAAUUCGACACCAUCCAAGUAUCACAAGCCGUCACGCAAGAUUAUCCUGACUUGCAGCUGUCUACAGGGCUGGAAGUCAUUGCCGGUCUGCUAUAUGUACCUUUGUCGGCAGGAGGCAGAGACUUCAUUGCCUUUCUGCGAAAGGGCCAGCCACGUCAGGUUCGAUGGGCGGGCCGGCCUUACAAGGACGAUGAACAGCAGAGCGUGUUGGAACCGCGAGCAUCUUUCCGGAUGUGGUCAGAGACAGUGGCUGGGCGCUGUCGGGCAUGGACUGAUGAACACUUGGAGACGGCAGGCGUGUUGGCCCUUGUGUAUGGCAAGUUCAUCGAGGUCUGGAGGCAAAAAGAGAGCGCGCUGCAAACCACGAAGUUGACGAAUCUAUUGCUUUCGAAUGCUAGUCACGAAGUUCGCACUCCUUUGAAUCAUAUCAUAAAUUAUUUGGAAUUGGCCCUUAAUGGUUCGCUGGAUACCGAGACUCGGGAAAACUUGAGUCAAUCUCAUGCUGCAUCGAAAAGCUUGUUAUUUACGAUCAAUGACUUGCUGGAUCUCACUCGCUUGGAGAGUGGUCAUGAAACAUCGUUCAACGAAGCGUUCGAUUUGCACCACGCGAUCGAAGAUGCCACCCUCCUAUACCGGAACGAGGCUACCCGCAGAGGGCUCAGCUUCAAGGUGGACGUGUCGACUUGUCCUAGGAUGGUUGUUGGUGAUGCAAGAAAGAUACGGACGGUGGUUUCGAAUCUGACUGCAAAUGCUCUGAAAUAUACCCAACGAGGAUCGAUUUCUGUGCAAUGCCAUACAUACGACGAACCUGUUGGUCUUCGUGAUGCGCAGAACGUCGCGGUGGAGAUUGUCGUUUCAGAUACCGGCUGCGGCAUUCCUGCGGAGAAGCUAGAAUGUAUAUUCAGGGAGUUCGAGCAGGUAGAAAGCGCAUCGCCAAAGGCGAAUUCGCAGGGUUUAGGGCUUGGGUUAGCGGUGGUCGCACGCAUUGUGGAACAGCUAGGAGGACAGCUGCGCGUCGAUUCACAGAUGGACGAAGGGAGCUGUUUCUCCUUCUUGAUUCCCUUCGCCACGGAACCAGAAGGCCAGACGACAUCGGAUUCUUAUUCCCCCUCAUCUACGUCCGCACUGCAGUCGCGGGACGACGUCAGUGAUAACCGCGGCAAUGAGAUCAAUAAUCUUGUGGAAGCCUUCGCACAUCAUAGAGUGGGCGAUGGGAUGGCUAUUGCGACAGAGGAGCCUUCCGGACUUCGAACAGCAAAUGCUGGCAUUCCUUCACGGAAAGGACACGACAGACCGCGGGGAACUGUUGGCUCGGAGAAUGCGCCGAAGACGGCUACAGGCGACGAUCUUGAUACAAGAACAGAGGCAUCUCCGGCCGAAUCUCUAUCGAGAUCUCUGCUCAGCGAAACCAGCUCGAAUGUCACAACACACAGGAAGCACAACCAGACGUCUCCGCUGCCGAAACUCUCGGCAAGUGCUCGCAAGUCCGGUCCAAUGAGCUCCACCUCCCGCAGUGCACGCUCUGAUAAUGAGGUCAGCACGAAGCUUCGUUUGUUGAUUGUUGAGGACAACGAUAUCAAUCGGAUGAUCCUGGCGAAACGUCUGUCGCUCGACGGCCAUAACGUUGUCAAUACAACAAAUGGGAUUGAGGGCGUCGAGAUGCUGGAGUCGGACUGGGAGUUCGAUUGCGUUCUGAUGGACAUUCAGAUGCCGCUGCUGAACGGAUUCGAAGCGACCGAGCGGAUUCGUAGUAUGGAGCGGACGCGAGAACACAUCCUUAGCCGAACAUCUCACAAGCUGAAUGGACGAAUACCUAUCUUCGCAGUCUCGGCCUCAUUAUUUGAGGACCAACGUGAAGAAUUGUUCAAGCUGGGCUUUGACGGGUGGAUUUUGAAGCCAAUUGACUUCAAGCGUUUGAAAAUCAUUCUUAGGGGGGUUGUCGAUACCGUACAGCGAGGGAAGGACGUUUAUCACCCGAGCUGCAACUGGGAAGUCGGUGGUUGGUUGAGGAAACUCGACAGGAACCACGAGGAUCUGUAGUAGUACUUAGACAUCUUUGGGUGUCUUCGCGUUUUUAUAACCUGGGUUGUCUGUUUUGUUUCUCCAAGGUAACUGUUGUCCCUUGCAAUAUUGUCGUUUUCAUCAGCACACAGCCCUGUAGUCAUAUUGUUCCACCACAUCUUGUAGCCAUUACGCAGAAAUACACGAGUGCCUGCGACCGUGGUCUGCAUUAGAUGUCCCUUAGUUCACAUUGUAGCCAGAGUGGUUUCUCCGCGAUAACAUACUGAUUCACAACACAGAUACUCUAGCAAUCAUCCCGAACUAUACCCAAAUACGCUUGGUACCUUACCGAAUAAAUAUUGCGGUCGAUGGUCUGCAACGAGUACAGCCAUACGCGG